UACCUUCAAGAAACCCAAACCAUUCACAUACAUCUCUCUCUCUCUCUCUCUCAAAAGAUCCAACGCAAACUACUCCUUUCUCUGUAAAGCUACAGCCACACUGAGCUACUUUUUCUUCUGUAUUAUAUCUUUUUUGUAUUUUAAAACUAUUUACAGUAGCCACUAUGUGCAAGUCGAAAUCAUCGACAUUUCAUAGAGAUCCUCCAUAGCGGACCAACUUAAGAAACUCUCAUUUCCAUUAUAUCUCACAAAGAAUUCCUAUCAGUUUUUUUUUUUUUCAUAAAAGGAAAGCUUCAAUUCUUUUAUUUCAGUUAAACCCAUCAUCUCUCAACAAAUGAAAUCAAGUUUACGUUUCUCACCCAACAAAAGGUUGAUCUUUUGCUGUUCUUGAACCAACUUAUUUGUUCUGUCUCUCUCUUGGGACACAGGUUGGGUAUUAUUUUCUUGAAGUCUUCUCUGGGUUUUGUUGUAUGUUAGUGCAUUUGUGCCACUUGGAUCUUCUUGACUUAUUCUGCCUGAUUUUUUUAUUUGAUCUCGUGACCUUGAAAAAGCUGUAUUUUUGUUGGUUUUUGAGAUUAAAAACUUUGUUGUUCUUCCAUUGUGAUCUGUUGUGGGUUGAAAGCUAUUUUGGAUCUGUUUGCUUUGGUGGGUCUUGAUGCUUUGUUACUAAGAUGCAGCCUGAUCAGAGAAGAAAGGGAUCUGUUGAAACAGACUUUUUCACGGAAUAUGGCGAGGGGAGCAGAUAUAGAAUAGAGGAAGUGAUUGGUAAAGGAAGCUAUGGUGUUGUCUGUUCAGCAUAUGAUACUCAUCAUGGAGAAAAAGUUGCAAUUAAAAAGAUCAAUGAUAUUUUCGAGCAUGUUUCUGAUGCCACACGCAUCCUUCGUGAGAUUAAGCUCCUUAGGCUCCUUCGUCAUCCAGACAUCGUGGAAAUCAAGCAUAUCUUAUUGCCUCCUUCCAGACGGGAAUUCAAGGACAUAUACGUAGUGUUUGAACUAAUGGAAUCUGAUUUGCACCAGGUUAUUAAAGCAAAUGAUGAUUUAACACCGGAACAUUAUCAGUUCUUCCUUUAUCAGCUUCUUCGAGGCUUAAAGUACAUACACACAGCUAAUGUCUUUCACCGAGAUCUAAAACCGAAAAAUAUCUUGGCAAAUGCUGACUGCAAACUCAAGAUCUGUGACUUCGGUCUUGCAAGAGUAGCCUUUAAUGAUACCCCUACUGCCAUAUUCUGGACGGAUUAUGUUGCAACGAGAUGGUACAGGGCUCCUGAAUUGUGUGGAUCCUUUUUCUCCAAGUACACACCUGCAAUAGAUAUAUGGAGCAUUGGUUGCAUAUUUUCAGAACUCUUGACCGGAAAACCUCUCUUUCCUGGAAAAAAUGUAGUUCACCAAUUGGACCUGAUGACUGAUCUGUUGGGAACACCAUCUCCUGAAGCCAUUGCCAGGAUUAGAAAUGAAAAGGCUCGCAGAUACCUAAGCAGCAUGCGAAAGAAAAAGCCUAUUCCUUUCUCCCAAAAGUUCCCUCAUGCAGAUCCCCUUGCACUUCGUUUGUUAGAAAGAAUGCUAGCCUUUGAACCCAAGGAUCGUCCUACUGCUGAGGAGGCUCUUGCAGAUCCGUAUUUCAGGAACUUGGCCAAGGUCGAGAGAGAGCCUUCUGCUCAGCCAGUUACAAAAAUGGAAUUUGAAUUUGAAAGACGGAGGAUAACAAAGGAAGAUGUGAGAGAACUGAUAUAUCGAGAGAUUCUCGAAUAUCAUCCAAAGAUGUUGCAGGAGUUCUUAGAGGGAACAGAACCAAUAAACUUCAUGUAUCCAAGUGCUGUCGACAAAUUUAAGAAGCAGUUUGCUUAUCUUGAGGAGAACUACAGAAACGGUGGAACUGUUGCUCCACCAGAGAGGCAACAUGCAUCAUCUUUACCCAGGCCAUGCGUGUUAUAUUCAGAAAACUCAACACAGAAUUCAGCAGAAGUCACGAAUGAUCUCACUAAAUGUAGCAUCAAAGAUGUUGACAAGCCAAAUGUUGACAGGACUUGUUGGAUCCCUACCAGUAGACUUCCUCUCCAAGUUCCUCAAAGCAUUCAAGCUGGAGGGGCCGCAAGGCCAGGGAAAGUUGUUGGUUCAGUGUUGCGUUACAACAACGGUGGAGCAGUAGCGGCUGCCACAGAGGCUCUUGAACAGCGAAGAAUGGUUAGGAAUCCAGCUGGUCCUACUCAGCAUGCUGUUGCUAGCUCUUCAUUUCCCAGAAGGAACCCAGGUUGUAAAAACGACAGGGGAGAAGAUGCUGGUGGAGGAUCCAAUGGGCUGCAGCCUAAACCUGAUCAGCAUGUGGCAAGGAAAGUGGCUGCUACUCAAGGUGGAUCUGGAAAUUCAUGUUAUUGACUCUGCGGUGAUUCUUCUUGUGAGUGGUGGCUCAGAUUUCCAAAUUCCAUGGCCAACUUAACGUUGGGAUCAUAAAAUAAUCCCUUCUCCAAGAUUAAUCGGCUGUCAACUGUAAAUUCAUCAGAUGUCUUGCAGAUAUCAUGUCGUUGGCUCAGAGGCACAAACACUCAGAAUGGCACCGUACUUGACUUCUGUUGGUUGUAAAUUAAAAAAGGG